GUAGUGGGUGUUAGUCCCUGUAUACAGGUGGUUUUUUGCUGGAGGUUACUGUUCAAAUUGUCAGGAUUGAAAUUGCAUUUUGUAUAUUUAUUCACAAAACCUGAUGGAAAAAGAGAAAUUAUAAAGUUUUGUACCAUGGAUAAUUAUUGGCCAUGAAAAUUAAAAAAGAGAUGGCAGCAGCUAUUGUAGCAUGUAGGAUAUAUAUCACUUGAAGAUAAAAUGACAGUUUUAAUACGUAACUUUCAAGACAUGAUGAUGGUGUAAUGUAUCAAAGACAGUCCCAGAAAAUUAACUGUGAUCAUUUUCCUUAACAUCAGGAAAUGUUGAAAUAUUAAAUAAAUCUGUGAUAUAGAGAUAUCUGUGUUGAGAUAUCAGAUUGGAGGUAUAUUUGUGGAGAUAUCUGUUUCGAGAUAUAGACAUCAGUAUAAAGGGCACUGUGAUAUUUUGCUUAUACACAUAUCAAAUCUUCGACGUAAUGCCAACAUUAACAUCACCUUUAGACAUGAGAUUUCGUCCUGUGAGACUUAUUAGAUCUCUGUUUAUGAUAGUUUUAAUACUAUUUGUGUUUCUAAAUCUUCACGUGUUGAUGAACUUUGAACCUAACAAUUCCGAUGCCUAUGAUCGAACUUUAUUAUAUAAGUUGCGUCACAGUAACAAUUUAAAGGCUCAUGUCCAAACUGACCGAUCUCAGCUGCAGGACUCAGACGGUCCUGAGAACAGUUCUAAAGUAGAAGUAUUAAUACUGCCCAAUCAGUACAAUCAAACAUUCGUUUCACGACACAAUAUACCAGAACAUAACUUAACUCAAAUAAAAUUAGAAAUUGACCGUCGAAAUGCGGAACAAUAUGUCCACAAUCUUCAAAAAUAUGGUCUGAGCUUAGGACCAGAAAGUGUUGUGAUAGUUGUACAAGUACAUGAUAGAGCAAACUAUUUAAAAAUUUUAUUAGACUCUUUACGGAAAGUGAAAGGAAUUGAGAAGACGUUACUAAUCUUCAGUCAUGAUGUUUUUUCCGAGCAGCUGAAUUCCAUUGUAGAAACAAUUGACUUUUGUCCAGUAAUGCAGAUAUUUUUCCCUGUCUCAGCUCAACUUCAUCCCAAAGAGUUCCCUGGUGAACACCCUAAUGAUUGUCCCCGAAAUGUCAAAAAAGAUCAAGCUUUAAAAAUAAAAUGUAACAACGCAAACCAUCCAGACAAGUAUGGUCAUUAUAGAGAAGCCAAAUACUGCCAAACAAAACAUCAUUGGUUCUGGAAAUUAUUCCAUGUAUUUGACCAGCUGACCGUGAUGAAGAACUACACAGGUCUGGUGUUAUUAUUGGAGGAAGAUUAUUAUGUAGCACCAGAUGUAAUAACAAUAUUACAGAUGAUGAAUCAUUUAAAGAAAAAAGAUUGUAAAGAUUGUAGAAUGCUUACUGCUGGGAACUACGAUAAAACACAAAGUUAUUCAAUAAAUUCAGGAAAGGUUGAACUGGGACAUUGGAUAUCAUCAAGACAUAAUAUGGGGAUGGCAUUUACUAGAGAUCUGUGGAAGGAUAUUAAAAAAUGUACUUCAGAGUUUUGUAACUUUGAUGAUUAUAAUUGGGACUGGACAUUACAACAUUUAAGUAUGAAGUGUAUCCCAGAUAAAGUCAAAGUUAUGAAGAUGAAGGCCACCAGAGUCUUUCAUAUCGGGGAAUGUGGUGUUCAUCACAAAGGGAAGAAUUGUCAGCCAGACAAUAAAAAGAAACAGAUAGAAACUCAGUUACAGUCUAAUAAACAGCAUUUAUUUCCCAACGUUCUGUCAGUGGGAGGACAAUCAAAGUUCAAAUUACGUGACCCCAAACCUAAUGGUGGCUGGGGUGACAAGAGGGAUAGAGAAUUAUGUUUAAGUUUUGCCAAAGGUCAAGGUUAACACAUCAUUAUUUGUAGACUCAUUUUACAAGGAUAUUUUGUUAUCAUCGUCAUGUAACAUUAUUUGGGGUACAAAAUCAUUUAUUCAUUUUAUUGCUUAAAAAGAAAUUUUGCUAGAUGACAUUUAAUAACUGUGUAUACUUUGAAAAGGACACUUAUAACACAGGUCACCAUGCUACUUUCUUUGGGUUGGUUGAUGAGUUUAAUUUUCUUGAUAUUCUUUUAAAAAGGGUGAAAUUUAAAAAAAAAAAGAAGAAAGGGGCUCAAUUGAAAAAUUGAAAAUAAAUCAUAUUUAUAAAUUAUUUCCAUAGGAAAAUAUACCAAAAAGAAAUUGAAUUUACAUAACAUAGCAGUUUUGUGUAGUUGAUGAUAUUAUUCUUAAUGUAUGUGUACAGAUUUGUAACAUCAAUGACAACGAAAUAAGAACAAGUUUUUUUCACAUGUUUUAAAUUGCACUAUUUGUUAUUAAGCAUUUUCAUAUUUAUAAAAUCCUUUCUCUUACUGUACUUUAAACAAAUAUGAAAGGAAGAAUCUUGUUUUUGUGUCUCAAAUAUUUAUUUUUGUCCAUUAGUGAUAGGGAAGGUUAAGGUUUAAGACGUGAAUUGUCUCAUAUAUAUGUAAAUCAGUGUAUGUGUUACAUGUAUUUUUAUUCUUAAAAGUUCACAUUUAGAUGUAGUAAUAUAGUAACAGUUCAUACUAUUGUUUUUGGCAGAAUGAUGCAAUGAAAAAGUUAAUUAUAUUAUAUAACAUUUAAUAUAUGAUCCAACAGUAGUUAGACAUUAAUUUUCUUUCAAGCUAUAGACAUCAUAGUGAAUAGGUUCACACUUUGACUAACUAGGAGAUUUACAGAUGAUAUUAACAUUAGCACCGAUAACACGAAUAAAGGGUUGUACAACAGAUUUUAAUUUUAAGUCUUAGAGAAAACUUUCUAUGCUGUCCUUUAAGCAUUAGUUUGAAUUUAAAGAUUGCUAUGUUUCAGUUAAUUUUGAUAUUUUUUAAGUUCAAUCUAGUUAUUUGGAAAUGACAUUGGAUGUUAAGGGUAUAUAUAAAGUUGUGCCAAACAAGAUAACACAAAGAAUUGUCAAUUCUGCAUUGUUUCAAUGUGAAAAUAGAUUAUUUAGAUUGAAUGUAAUUAUUUUCUCACUCUUGGUAUUUUAACCUUGUGUUCCAAAUGCAUUGGACUAUGUUUUAAAUGUUGUAAGAUGUUUGGCCCAGCCCUUAAUUUUAAAGUUUUUUGUAUAAUGAGAAAAGAUACUCAGCAUUAAGAUUUCUGUUUUUUUUUUUAUUGACACUGAAACACUUGUCAUUCAUUUACUACUGAUUUUUUUUCAACAGAAAUGGAUGAUGAUAAAGGCAAUUAAUCAAUUUAACAAAAAAAAACAAAGUCAGAUCAAAUCUACCUUUUAAUCAAUAAGAUUUCUUCUUUAACGGGAGCAAGAAUAAAAAAGGGGUUUAAGAGGAAUAGAGUUAGAUUCAUGCAAAAAUUGCAGUACUUAUAGAAAAAACAUAUCUUUUGUUUUCAAAGUUUGGACCAUAUGCAAUUACAUUAAUGACUUCGCAGAAAAAAAUAACAUUUAUAUAUGUUCAAUUAUCUUUUAUUAGUCUAAAAAUAUUGUUCAAAAAGAAAUGUUUUUAUAUAGUUUAAAUUUUAGUGUACUUUAAUUUAGCCAUUGCAUUGCUAGAAAUAGUUUAUUUUUGGUGAUACUGGCUACUGCUUUAAAUUUCAUGUUAAAAAAAGUACAUUUGAGUGAAAUUUUAUGCUAGAAAAUGUGAGCAAAAAUAAAUAUUAAUGUUAACUGUAUUAAUUAGGCAUAGCUUUAUUUAAUCUUUCUUAAUAGAUGCCUUAAAUUAGAAAUGGCUUUAAAUUAGAAAUAAUGUUCGAUAAAGAUAUUUGUAAAUAAUUAAAUUAUUUUACACUUUUUUACAAUACUGAUUUAAAAGUUAAAAUUAAAAGCUUUAAAAUUGAAAUCAAAUUGACAUUAAUUUACCCUUUUAGAAGUUUUCAUUAAAAAGUCUUAGUAUCUUCAUUAAAUAAAUAUAAAUAAUGAUAUUAGUUUUGUCUGAUCAUUUACUCUUUAUCACUGAGUUUGAAUCUCAUUUUAAUAAGCUGUGAAAAGUUGUCAAAAUUUUAAUGAUAAGGUAUCUUUAAAAAAUAUGUUAUUUUAGAAGUUAUAACAGAGUUGUCCCCCUUAGCUCAUGCAUUUAUUAAUUCUGGGUAUUGGAUGUGCCAAAAUCUAGUCAGGAAUUCUCAUCUUUUAAUGAUAUCAGUUCUAAAGGUAAUGUCUGCAGCAUAAAGAUUACAUGUUCAAAAACAAUAAAGUUUAUUUUCCUGUUCAACUUAAGGAAACUUUGUUGAUUAUUUUCCUACCUAAAAUAUAAAUGAUGAGUACCGGUAUUAGUUGUAUUGUAAUUAUAAAUGUGUCUGUGAUUAUUUUUGUGAAGGUAAUUAGACCUUAAGAUUGGUCACAUCCUAUAUACUUGCAACCUUUGAAAAGUCCCUCUCAAAGGGUAGACAACCCUUCUUUUAAGGACAAUUGUAUUAUAUUUUAAAACAGGAUUAUGAAACUAACCUUUAAAUGAGGUCAUUUAUAUUUUAUGCCCCAAAAAAUGAAUCUUUUCAAUGAUCUGUAACAGUUCUUUUAAAUAUGAUGUUAUCAAGCUUGAUGAGCUUUAAUUGAAAAUAGUGGAAAGAAAGAAAAUUUGACAACAUAAUUAAACUUUGACCAAUUAAGUAAUGAGAUCAAGAUCACCAUACUUUGAUUAUAAAAAAGUAAUCAAUAUAUUGAGGAAAACAAUAAAUAGAAUGAGAGUUAUAACAUAUUUUUUUUUAAAGUAUUGAGGCAUUUUGUAUCAUUAGUUACACAUUUAAAUGUCAUUCAUAUUUUAUUUCACUGGUUUUUUUUUUAGAUUUUACAUUUAUUACCACUAUGUUAAACAUAUCAAUACCUGAAAUCUCUAGAAUGUCACAAACAUAUACUUCAAGGUAAAAUUACUAAGACAAUAAAUACAUGACUAGCUUUUGGUGAAUUGAGAUGAACCUAUUAUUAACAUCUCAUUUUCACUGUAAUUAGUAUAAAACAUUGAAUUACAUUGAAUUAUUAUAGAAAUAUUAAGAUGUUCACAAUAUAAAAUUAUGUUCGAAAACACUACUGCUACAUGUUCUAUAUGGAACUUAUAUUAACUUGUAUAUUCUAGAUUUUCCCCAUUAUUAUCCGAUUGUAUAUUUAAAUUCAGUAUUUCACUGGUCCCUUGUUAUUGAUGAGCUAAUAGUUAGGGAUCAAAUUUUGAAAAAAAUAUUAGUUAAACCUGUAUUUACUGUAUUAUUUGAUUUAUAUGCUUGAAGAUAUAUAUUUAGAUAGGUUCCAAUCAUAAACUCACAACACAAAAUUUUACUAUACAACCAUUUGAGUGGCCUUGAGCAAGCAUAAAGCUUUAAUACAACUAUUGCAUAAUAGAUAUAGUUACAGAUGAUCUAUUUGAAUGUGUACAAAGACCAAUGAAUGUUUAGGGUGUUUGUUUGUUCAAUGAACCUGGUCAAUAAAAUCUAUGUAAAAUAACCAUGGAAAACUAUGUCAUUACUAGUUAACCCUUUCCUCCAUGGAUUUUUUUUCUCUCACAUACUUGAUUCGCAUAGGAUUUUUUCAAUAAAAAAAAAAUCAUCAGGUUUUAAGUAUUAAUGCAUUGUGAAUAAAAAGAAUAUUUCAUCAAUGAAAUUCCAGUCAGAUGUUCUCAUUAUGCGUCAUUAUGGAGGAAAGGGUUGAUGUCAAUUCAGAAAUAGUUGCAUCCAUUAAUUUAUUCAUUGUGAUAUUUUAUGAAAGAGAAAAGUAUAAGAUAACAAGUUGCUUUUUCCUUGAAAUCUUACAGAGAUAAGUAUGGGAUAUCUGAUUGUUGGAUACUCUCUAAUUUGCAUAAUUCCCAUUAAUACACACAUUACAGUAAUUUCAUUAUUUGCAGCAUACAAAAUUUGGAAACAACCAAUUUUACCAUUUUGUUUUAUAAUUGCUAAAACAACACUUGUGUUCACUGGAGGAAAAAACAACCUUAAGAUUUAACAUGCUUGCUACACAUUCAAUUGAAUUAGAUGUAAGUGUAUAUUGUACUUAAUACAUAUUUAUAUGCGAGAAUCUUUAAAUGUGAUGAGAUAUUUGUUUGAAAGUGUUUAAAUGUUAGACAAAAUAAUAUCCUGAUAAGUUUUAUAUAUAAUUUUUUUUUUGGUAGAAAAAAUAAUUUAUCCUUUCUCUUUAAAAAAAAAGAGAAUUAUAAUUUUAAGAGUUUCAAGAAAUGAAAUCCUGUUAUUUGAUAACAAUGAAAAAUGCUUUAUGUCUUAAAUUCACAUUUGUUCCUCAGAGGAGAAGGAAAAUAAGAAAUUUUUUAAUUGUGUUACUUUUGAUCAAAGGGAAAUAACUGCAGAUUAUUUUAUAUUAAGAAAAAUAUGAUUUAUAAAGUAACAUAUUCUUAACAUGGAAUGGAUAAUUUUUACAAGUUAUAAUAAAGUAGAUUCUUAUCUUUUGUUUAUUUUUGAGGGCUAAAUGUAGAAAAUGUUGAAUUACUCCAGGUCAUGUUUCAGAAAUGGGAUUUAUCGUUUUGUUUUCCUUUUGUUCAUAUUUAUUUUGUUCAAAACAAAACAAAUUUUCUGUGCGAGCUUUUUGUUUAAUUUAUAUGUAGGUAGAGAAGAAAUGUGAUAAUUUAUUUUCUCUUGAGUACAUACAUUGUAUUAGAUAUUAAGUGUUUCAAAGAAAAUUUAUUUUUUGUCUGGGUUAAAUUGAUUUAGUUUACUACUGUGGUUUCUUUGUAGGCCAUAUGUCAUAUCAUGCACUGUCUAUUCAAAGUUUAUUAAGAUUAUUUGUCUUGUUCCAAAGAUUGACGAUUUUAAUUUAGAAUGUUUAACGUGAGCUUUAAUAUGAUGUUUUCUUUAA